AUGCUGAAGCGCGAGCUGCAGAGGCUCUCAGGCAUUCCCCGAUUUCGGCAGCAGAGGUUGGUUCACGAAAGUGGGACUUGCUUGGAAGAGGAGGCCGAGCUUCAGGCAAUGACUCUGCAGUUGGUGGUGUUACCUUUUGCAAGCGCAUCAGAGCUCGAAAUGGACGAGAUCAUCGGGGCUGCUGCAAGUGGCGUCACGUCGAAGGUCCAAGAGUUUCUGCAAAAACAGAUUGACCCGAACUUCCUUGGUUACAAUGACGAAGGUGUCUUUGUUACACCACUCGUUGCGGCAUGUGAGAAAGGCCACACGGAAGUUGCAGAGUUGUUGCUACAAGCCGGUGCUGACAAGGAGUCUUGCGACACUGGCGCUGACAGCGAGCAACGCAAGGUUGUAUCCAAGAUAUCCCAGAUGGUCGACAAAAAGCUCGCGAGCAAAAUGCUGGAAGGCUUCGAUGACUUUGCAAGACGCCUCUCUGGGUGGCUUCUCAGAGGGGCCACUCUGGAGUUCUACGUUUGCCAUGUGGACAUCCUCUGCUUGCUUCUGGAGGCACGGGCGGAUAAGGAUUCGGCUGACAGCGUACUGGGCAAUUCGCCCUUGAGACAAGCCGUCGCGAAAGGCCGUGCGCAGAUCGCCAGCUUGCUCCUGCUGGGCUAG